UGUUGUUUUAUGUAUCUAUCUACCACCCAUCCUAUGUAAUAGACUACAUUCCUCUCUUCUCCUCCUUCUCCUCCUCCUCCUCCUCCCUCUCUCCCUUGAUUCCCCUUUCUUCCCUCCCCUCUCUCCCGGAACCUGUGAAUAGCCUCAAUUCAACAGUUGACCCCCUCCCUCCCUACUCUCCACCACCCUACAGAUUGGCUUGAGGAGCGUCUUGACGGGCCAGGAUGGCCACUACACCCACUGAUGGCGCCCAAGACCACGCCCCCCAGAGCCCCGAGUCCCUUCGCCCUCCCUCUGCCCGUCACGCAGCAGCGGAUGAGCCGGACCCUGAGGAUGUUGAAGGAGGCGAAGGAGGCAAGGGUAGGCCGACGAAAUGGAGUAUGGGCGUGUUGAAUGACCCUAAAACCCAUGAGGUACCCGGCUCCGUUCUCCUCCUGACCGGCAAACGCAACGAACCUCUUGGACUUCGAAAUGCGCCUGCAAGGACCUCUGCAUCCUCCAUCCCCUCCUAUAUCGCCUCCACCCCCAGGAAUACCGCAGCGGGCAAGAAGUUGACAAAGGAUGGAGCCAUCAUCCUGGAGCCACAGCCCGACGAUUCGCACAAUGAUCCGCUCAAUUGGCCGUCGUGGCGGAGAGAUUCUGCUCUGAUAUCCCUGGGCCUUUACUGUAUGAUAGGCGGCGGGAUGACCCCCAUUCUGGCUGCCGGCUUUACCAAUGUUGCGGCUACAUACCACGUCACAACGUCCAAGGUUGCGCUCACCACCGGUUUGUACAUGAUGGGUCUGGGCGUCGGCUCCGUAUUUGCUUCUCCAACCGCCAUUCUCUAUGGAAAGCGCCCGGUCUAUCUCUUUGGCGCCAUUAUGUUUAUGUGCACCUCGAUCUGGUGUGCUGCUUCCCCUAGCUACGUCUCUCUUCUGGUCGCGAGAAUAUUUCAGGGCAUCUCCCUGAGUCCAGUGGAGUGUCUGCCAUCAGCUACCAUCGCCGAGAUCUUCUUUCUCCACGAGCGUGCAUACCGCAUUGGUAUCUACACUCUCCUGCUCCUAGGCGGCAAGAAUUUGGUCCCUCUGGUCAGCGCUGCGAUCAUUCAAUCACUAGACUGGAGAUGGGUAUUCUGGAUUGUCACCAUGGUCGGUGGCUUUUGCUGGUGCCUCCUAUUCCUUUUCGUUCCCGAGACUUUCUGGGACCGCACCCCCAGACCGAAAAGUCGGGCCUCCUCACGAUCACGAAACCCGUCGAUGGUAUCCUAUUUUCGACAGAAAAUGGAGACCCACGCAGCUCAUGCAUUAUCAAAGGAUGCAGUUAACCAGGUCGGCGAGAAUGAUGAUUCGAUCCAGCAGAAGCUUGUAUCUCCUGCUGGAGACUCGAUUCAAAGGCCUCCCCUGGCCCAUCGCGCUACUUCAGGUUUACAUGUCGGAUUUGCAUCGGAUGAACCCCGCCUCGAUAAGAUCAUCUCAGACAAUCACGAGAAUGAUAAUUCUCACCUAUCUCCUGAGGCCAAAAGCCCAGCGAGCAGAUCUGCUACGACUCCUGUCGUCUCAAGUCCGAUGAGUGAAAUACAACCAUCAUGGCCUACUUCACCAGAUCCUCCCACAGAAUUUCCAGCGGUCCAUGAAGAUCAGGACCGGGUUAACGCGACUGGUGGAGUUCCUGCCACACCGGCACUCCACGAUUUCAGCUCACCAUCGGACAACGAUCUCGAAGAGAAGGAAUCAGACUAUCUGGAGAGGGGGCGAUCUAAGGAUCCGGCCCCGGCCCCGGAACGGCCUCAACUCAGACGCUAUACUACCCAACUCAGGACGGCUCCGAAACUAACAUUCGUUCAACAGCUCAAGCCUUGGAAUGGAAGGUUGCACCGCGACAAUUGGUUCCGCGUUGCCAUUCGACCUUUCAUCCUAUUUGCAUACCCGGCUGUUCUCUGGUCAAGCGUUGUCUACUCCUGCUCCGUAGGGUGGCUCAUUGUCCUAUCCGAAUCUGUCGCAAUCAUUUACCGCUCUAAAGACACGUAUAAUUUCUCGGCCCUUUCUGCCGGCCUGAUUUAUCUCUCUCCCUUCAUCGGCGGUGUCCUUGGUACAGCCGUUGCCGGGAAGGUCAGUGAUAUUAUAGUCCGCGCAAUGUCAAGGCGGAAUGGCGGUCUAUAUGAACCGGAAUUCCGGCUUGUCAUGGCAAUACCUAUUGCUAUCACGACGGUUAUUGGGCUGAUGGGUUUUGGCUGGUCGGCCCAAGUUCACGAUGCUUGGAUAGUUCCCACGAUCUUCUUUGGGGUCAUAUCCUUCGGUUGCUCCUUGGGUUCAACCACGUCUAUCACUUUCUGCGUUGACAGCUACCGACAGUAUGCAGGCGAGGCUCUUGUGACACUAAAUUUUAGCAAGAAUAUCUUCCACGGACUGGUAUUCAGCUUAUUUUUCACCUCCUGGUUAGAGAGUGAUGGCUCCAGGACGGUGUUCAUUUGGGUAGGAGUUAUUCAGUUAAUUCUCAUGGCGUUUUCCAUUCCAAUGUACAUCUUUGGAAAGAGGGCGAGAAUGUUCACCGUCAGGCAGAACUUGAUGGAGAGGUUCUAGACUUUGCAUUGGGCAAUUGGCGUUUGGGCAUUGUGUUCAGAUCGAGACGCAGGAGAUGGGUGGAGUU